AUGUCAUCCGCAUCAACGCCGAUUGGCACGCCUCGGCCCGAACAGCAGGCUCAGAAGAAUGGCGCAAAGAAGGAAGUCAAGAUCUUGAUGAUUCACGGAUACACCCAAUCAGGCCCCCUCUUCCGCGCCAAAACCCGCGCCCUCGAAAAGCUCCUCGCAAAAACCCUCUCCCCAAUCUCCCUCCUCCCCGUCCUCUUCUACCCAACAGCCCCCAACCGCCUCCUCCCCUCCGACUACCCGGGCUUCACCCCGGCCGCGCCCCAAGAAGGCGGCGACUCCUACUCUCCCAAUGGUGGUGACGCCAAAGAAGAGGACCUCCCAGACACUUGGGCCUGGUUCCGCAAAGACGAAGCACACAACACCUACCGCCUCUUCAACGAGGGCAUGGCAACAAUCGCCCAGUCCAUCCGCGAAGCAGGCGGCAUAGACGGCGUAUGCGGCUUCAGCCAGGGCGGCGCAAUGGCGGCCUUUGUCGCCGCUGCUCUGGAGCCUGCGCGCGCUGUCCCCGAUGGUCCUAGCGGUGAUUGGGCCCGUCAGCUGCGUGAUGCCAACGGUGGCAGGCCCGUCAAGUUCGCCGUGUCGUGGUCGGGCUUUUAUGCUACGGGCGUUGAGGAGCUGCAGUGGCUGUAUGAACCCAAGAUUGCCACGCCGACGCUGCACUAUAUCGGGAGUCUGGAUGUCGUUGUGGAUGAGAGUCGGAGUCGGGCGCUGGUGGAGAGGUGUGAGGACCCGGUAGUGGUGGUUCAUCCGGGGGGCCAUCAUGUUCCCGUGUCAAAGGAGUGGGUGAUGCCCCUGGCUGGGUUCAUCAGAAAUCAUGUCAGUGGGAGUGCGAACUGA